GGGAGGAGGAUGUAAGGUGUGUGUGGACAGUCCCGCUGUUGAAAAGGAAAGGAAUCCUGUGCAGAACAGGACAUGGAGGAACGUGGGUCUCCUGACGGAGACCCAGCCUGGAGCCUGGAGCAGGGCCCAGAAGGACCAGAAACCCCCAUUCAAGUGGUGCUCAGGUAAGAAUGGAUGGGCUAGGUAGCACUGGAAUCAGGAAGGGACCAAAAGCACUAGCCGGAUGGACCGUCUGGUCUCUCCUGGAUACUAGGGUGCGUCCCAUGAGCACGGCAGAGCUGCAUAGAGGGGAGCAGAGCCCUCUACACUGUUCAGGGACCCGGACUCUGCAGGUGAGGCCCCCAGGUGGAGGCCCCGACAUAGCAUUCCGCUUCGGUGCAGUACUGGAUGGGGCGUGCACGCAGGAGGACGUGUUCAGAGCAUGCGGGGUGAAGCGCCUGGGCGAGCUGGCGCUGCAAGGUUUCUCCUGUACCGUCUUCACUUUUGGCCAGACAGGAUCGGGCAAGACUUACACUCUGACAGGACCCCCUCCGCAGGGGGAAGGGGUGCCCGUGCCCCCCAGCCUGACUGGCAUUAUGCAGAGGACCUUCGCCUGGCUAUUAGAUCGCGUGCAUCACCUGGGUUUUCCUUUCACCCUCCGAGCCUCCUAUCUGGAGAUCUACAAUGAGCAGGUUCGGGACUUGCUGAGCCUGGGGUCUACGAGGCCUCUGCCUGUUAGGUGGAGCAAGGCUCGAGGCUUCUAUGUGGAGCAGCUUCGGGUGGUGGAGUUUGUCAGUCUGGAGGCCCUGAUGGAGCUCCUGCAGAUGGGUCUCAGCCGCCGUCAGAGCUCCUCACAUACCCUGAACCAGGCCUCCAGCAGAAGCCAUGCCCUGCUCACGCUCUAUGUCAGCCGCCCAACUCCUCAGCAGGUACCCCCUGUGGACCCUGGGGAACCUCCUGUUGGGGGCAAGCUGUGCUUCGUGGACCUGGCAGGCAGUGAGAAGGUUUCAGCAACAGGAUCCCGAGGGCAGCUGAUGCUCGAGGCCAAUAGUAUUAACCGCAGUCUAUUGGCACUGGGCCACUGCAUCUCCCUGCUGUUGGACCCACAGAGGAAGCAGAGCCACAUUCCCUUCCGAGACAGCAAGCUCACCAAGUUGCUGGCAGACUCACUCGGGGGCCGUGGCAUCACCCUCAUGGUUGCCUGCGUGUCUCCGUCAGCCCAGUGCCUUCCUGAGACUCUCAGCACCCUGCGAUAUGCAAGCCGAGCUCAGAGGGUCACCACCCGGCCACAGGGUUCCAAGUCCCCUGGAGCAAAGCCCCCCCAGCAAGGAGCGGCUGAGCUGCUGCAGCUCCAAGAGGAGAAUCGUCACUUGCGGUCCCAGCUGGAUCAAAUGAGGACUAAGGGUAUGAGCCCCCUGGGGGCCGGGAGGGGUGUAGGUAGCAGCACAGCAAUGCUCUGCUUCUCCACAGCACCAGGGAUCCACGGGGCCCGGGUGGCCUGGGCCCAGCGGAACCUCUAUGGCAUGCUGCAGGAGUUUAUGCUGGAGAAUGAGAGGCUUCGGAAGGAAAUGAGACAGCUGCGGAGCAGUCGGGACCUUGCCCGGGCAGAGCAGAGAGUCCUGGCCCAGCAGGUCCAUGAACUGGAAAGGCACCUCCAUUCUGCUCCUGCCCUUCCCCAGCAGGGCUCUGCCUCCAUGUGCCCCUGCUCCAUGGGUCCAGCUGCCUCCUGCCGUGCACUGCCACCCUUCUGCCCUUGCUUUCACCUCUGUCCUCUGUGCCGAGUAUCCCUGGCCCACUGGGCCUGCCCACGGAGGGAGUGCCAUGUGCCACAGCAGGAAUUAGGGCCCGAGGCCCCAGGUCACAUAUCUCUUUCUGCAAGGGCCCCACCCUCAGCACCUCCACCAAGCCCCGGCUCUUCCAAGCCCCCACGAGAGAGGAGCCAUAGUGACUGGACACAGACACAAGUCCUGGCAGAGAUGCUGAUAGGGGAGGAGGUGGUACCCUCUGCACCACCAAUGCCCACUGGGUCCUUGAACCUGUCACCCAUGCUAAGAGGAGAAUCUGGGAUCCCGAACCUGAUUCAGAGGCCGGACGCUGUCACACACCAGAUCAGCAACUCCCUGAACCUCGGCCAGAAUCAGUCACAGCCCAGCGAGAGCAUGCAGGGCCCUAGCCAGGGCCUCUCUCCUCGUUAAAGACUGCCAGACUGGCUCUUCCCACCAGGCCUGCAUCUUGUGUCUGUGAAGGGGAAAGACAUGUUGCUGGGGAGAGCUGGGGAAUUCAAAGUUAGUAAAACCUCCCCUGCCCCUUCCCAGACCUUGAACCUGAGACUGGGUUCAGAAGACACUGGCAGUGGGUGUGGGCAUCUGAAUAAAGCAAGA